AUGGAAGGCGAAAACCCAUUUUUGAAUUCAAUAAAGAACGGUUUUACAAGACCUUCAUGGUCAUUCCUAUUGCUUCUCUUCACAGUCAUAGCCCUUUCCACCCUCCAGAUCACAACCAAAACAGUAUUUCCAACACGACCCAUCUCUGACCCUGAGCAAAGAACCGAGUUAUCGGGUAUGGGUGACCCAAGGAGUUGUUCUGGGUUCUUCAGAGACGUGCCACCGAGGAAGGUGGUGAAGUCGAUAACGGAAUUUGGAGGGGUUGGUGAUGGGAAGACGUCUAACACGGCGUCGUUUGGAAGGGCGAUAGAAUAUAUGGAGAGGUUUAAGGAGAAUGGUGGGGCACAGUUGAACGUUCCUAGAGGAACGUGGAUGACUGGGAGUUUUAAUCUCACCAAUAAUUUCACUUUGUUUCUUGAAGAUGGUGCUGUUAUCUUGGGCUCUCAGGACCCAAAGGAAUGGCCUGUCAUUAAGCCAUUGCCUUCUUAUGGAAGAGGGAGAGAAAGGUUGGGAGGGAGACAUAUAAGCCUUAUUCAUGGAGAAGCUCUCACCAACGUUGUAAUUACAGGGCAGAAUGGAACUAUUGAUGGUCAGGGGAAAAUGUGGUGGGACCUAUGGUGGAACAGAUCUCUGGAGCACACCAGAGGCCACCUUAUUGAAUUAGUGGACUCACAUAAUGUACUCAUCUCCAACCUCACUCUCCUCAAUUCUCCGUUUUGGACCGUCCAUCCUGUUUAUUGCAGUAAUGUUGUAAUAAAGAACAUGACGAUCUUGGCUCCCCUCAAUGCUCCAAAUACCGAUGGAAUAGACCCAGAUUCGAGUGUGCAUGUGUGCAUCGAGGACUGUUACAUUGAGAGUGGGGAUGAUCUUGUAGCAGUGAAGAGCGGUUGGGAUCAAUAUGGUAUCACCGUGGCCCGUCCAAGUGCAAACAUAAUAAUAAGGAGAGUUUCAGGCACGACUCCUACAUGUUCUGGGGUAGGAAUAGGUAGCGAGAUGUCUGGUGGUAUUUCGAAUGUUCUUGUGGAGGAUUUAUAUGUCAGAGAUUCUGCAGCGGGGGUGCGAAUUAAAACAGAUAAGGGGAGAGGGGGAUAUAUUGCAAAUAUUACUAUAAUUAACAUUACAAUGGAGAGAGUUAAGGUACCCAUCAGGUUUAGUAGAGGUGCCAAUGACCAUCCUGAUGAGGGAUGGGACCCCAAAGCUAUACCAAAAGUAAAGGGUGUUUAUAUAAGUAAUGUGGUAAGUGUAAAUUCCACCAAAGCUCCAGUGUUAUUGGGUAUUGAUGAUUCCCCGUUUGAAGGCAUAUGCAUGAGAAAUGUUAGUAUACUCGGCCUAUCCCCGACUGUGAGGUGGAAUUGUGAAUAUGUUUCGGGGUCUACUGAUGCAGUUUUCCCAGUGCCAUGUCCCCAGUUGCAGAACAAUGGCUCUUCAUCUUGGUGUUCAUAUUCUGGAGCUUCUUUGAUCAUUGAUGAGGUUGCUAACCACUCUGGGCCUCCUAGUCAGCCUGCAAUUUUGGCAGAGACCGAAUGUCUUGUGCAGUUGGGCUGGCUUGUGUGUGGGAGAUUAUGUGAUGAUUUCCAGCAUUUGCCAGAUCGGUCUUACUGUCUCAAACUCAGGGAUGUAGAAAUGACUUCUUUGAACCCUAAGGGGCGUCUGUACAUAAAAUGA